GGCGAGCCCUGGGUCGACAAGCGCGAGCGCAUCCGCCGGUCGAGCCCCAUCGGCGGCGAGCCGACGUGGAAUUUGGUGUCGUGCAUCGUCAAGUCGAACGACGACCUGCGCCAGGAGGUCUGCGCGCUGCAGAUCAUCGCCGCCUGCAACGACGCCUUCGAGGCCGCCGGCCUCGGCGGCGACGAGACGGGGCUCUGGCUCCGGCACUAUUCGAUCGUGCCCACGGGCGCGUCGACGGGCAUCAUCGAGACCAUGGCCGACGCGGUGUCGCUCGACGGGCUGAAGAAGGCCAAGGAGUUCACGACCCUCAAACACCACUUCCACGUGGCCCACGGCGGCGACGGGCGCCACGCGAAGGCGCGGAAGGCGUUCGUGUCGUCGAUGGCCGCGUACUCCCUGGUCUGCCACCUCCUGGGCCUCAAGGACCGGCACAACGGCAACAUCCUGCUGGACAGCUUCGGCCACGUGAUCCACAUCGACUUCGGCUUCCUCCUGGGCCAGGCGCCGGGCGGGUCCUUCUCGCUCGAGCGCGUGCCCUUCAAAUUGACGGCGGAGCACGUCGACGCGAUGGGCGGCUGGUCGUCCGACGGCUUCGCCGACUUUGUGGUGUUGCUGGCCUGCGGCUUCGCGGCGCUCCAGAAGCACGCGUCGAAGAUCCUCCACCUCGUGGAGAUCAUGGCCAAGGACUCGCCGUUCCCGUGCUUCAAGAACGGGCCCGCGUGCGUCGACAAGAUGCGCGCGAAGCUCAAGCUCCACUUCACGACCAAGGAGCAGGUCGCGCACCACGUCGCCGAGCUCGUGCGCCAGUCCUACAACGCCUACGGCACGCGCCAGUACGACUCCUUCCAGUACCUCACGAACGGCAUCUACUCCUGA